UGACCCGGUACUCCUUGUAUAUAGCCUCGUUAUUCCUUUUAUAUUGUGUUACUAUUUCCUUAUCUUUUUCUUUUUUUUUCUUAAUUUUUAAAUCUGCAUUGUUGUGGAAAGGCUUGUAAUCAACCAUUUCACAAUAAAACCUGUUGUGUUCGCGCGCAUGUGACAAAUAAAAUGGGAUUUUGAUUUGAAAACCCAUUGGAUGAGAAGGUCAGACGUCCCUCCCCUUUCACCUUCUUAUCCAAUGGGUUUUUGAAAAAGAGGCAAGGAGAGAGGACCUGAGGAAUCAAGGAAAUAAAAUUGAGAUUCUCCCCUUGUUUCCUCCAUUCCUCACUUCCCGUUCAAAGCACAAAUGCACUUUCAAAAGAGGAGUGUAGGAAACAAGGACAGAGGAAGCAAGCAUUUGAUGGCUAGUUUUCAGACUCACUCACUAACACACACACUGCUUUAAAAGAGUACGAGUGUAUUUCAUUAGUGAUUAUUGUCAAUGAUUUUCUUGAUAGAACCCAUUGUAUUAUAUUAUUAUAUUCUAUUAACAAUAUAGAAAUGCUGUAGUUGAUAUUUUUCCAUUCUCCAGGAAUGUUUAACACGGCUAGAAAUGAGAGAGACGUUGACCAAACACAAACCGAUCUGGCUACUAGGCAUGACAAAGAAACACGGGGUGUCAUUUUGAAUGGCAUGUAAACGUUGUGUUGUUGCUAGGUGGAGUCACGGUCUCAUUGUGCCUAUCUAGACUUUUAUUCCUGUAACUUUUCAUCCGAUAAAGUCUGAGGGUUAAUACGCCAUGAAUUAGAGGGACUGCUCGGUCUAAGCAACUCGAGGCUUAUAAUAAUGAGGAGUAUGGUUUGAAAUCACAAUGGCCUCAUAUGAACAUGCCUGGAGGUUGGGUAGGAGGUGUUGAUAUGAACAUGCCUGGAGGUUGGGUAGGAGGUGUUGAUGAGAACAUGCCUGGAGGUUGGGUAGGUGGAGUUGAUAUGAACAUGCCUGGAGGUUGGGUAGGUGGUGUUGAUAUGAACAUGCCUGGAGGUUGGGUAGGAGGUGUUGAUAUGAACAUGCCUGGAGGUUGGGUAGGAGGUGUUGAUAUGAACAUGCCUGGAGGUUAUGUAGGAGGUGUUGAUGAGAACAUGCCUGGAGGUUGGGUAGGUGGAGUUGAUGUGAACAUGCCUGGAGGUUGGGUAGGAGGAGUUGAUAUGAACAUGCCUGGAGGUUGGGUAGGUGGUGUUGAUAUGAACAUGCCUGGAGGUUGGGUAGGAGGUGUUGAUAUGAACAUGCCUGGAGGUUGGGUAGGUGGAGUUGAUAUGAACAUGCCUGGAGGUUAUGUAGGAGGUGUUGAUGAGAACAUGCCUGGAGGUUGGGUAGGUGGAGUUGAUAUGAACAUGCCUGGAGGUUAUGUAGGAGGUGUUGAUGUGAACAUGCCUGGAGGUUGAGUAGGUGGAGUUGGUAUGAACAUGCCUGGAGGUUGGCUAGGUGUUGAUAUGAACAUGCCUGGAGGUUGGGUAGGUGGUGUUGAUGUGAACAUGCCUGGAGGUUGGGUAGGAGUUGAUACAGUGAGAAGGGAAAAGUAUUUGAUCCCCUGCUGAUUUUGUACGUUUACCCACUGACAAAGAAAUGAUCAGUCUAUAAUUUUAAUGGUAGGUUUAUUUGAACAGUGAGAGAAAGAAUAACAACACAAUCCAGAAAAACACAUGUCAAAAAUGUUAUAAAUUGAUUUGCAUUUUAAUGAGGGAAAUAAGUAUUUGACCCCCUCUCAAUCAGAAAGAUUUGUACGUUUCCAUGAAAUAUAUGAAGAAUACGCUUUUUGUCUGGAAUAAACGUUUUCCCAACUGCGCUACGCACUCUAGUCAGCAGAUUGCAAUGUGAGUUUUUCAAGUGACGCUACAAGAGUGACGUAUAAUCUAGUGGACAGGACGCUUCUUCAAUAACAAAAACAGCUAGCUAGUCAGCCACCUCGGUAGCUUUUUAGCCAACAUAGCGAAACAUUGGAGCGCUUUAGACGUUUUCGGUGUAUAUUAGUCAUUGUGUUUUAAACACACGUCUGUCAUAUCUACUAUUUCCAUAUUUACGUUGUUGUUAGUCAGGUAGCUGGCUGGUUAAAUUAAAUUAGCAAUUACACUAGGCUAGCUAACAUCCCCGACCAUGAGUUCACUAAGAUAUUCCUCCCCUGCUAAAGAAGACGGGGUCUGCUGGACGUGGAAAGAAGCUCUCGUGAAAGAUGAGAACGAAGAAGAGGCUGUCACAGUUAAACAAGAAGUCGAGGAUGAGGCUGUUACAGUGAAAGAAGAAGACGUUUCAAUGAAAGAAGAGGAAGAAGUUUUCAGAGUGAAAGAAAAGGAGGAAGAGAAAGAGGAUACCGUUUUUUCAGUGAAGGAGGAGAUUACUGUCACAUUGGAGGAAGGGGAAUACGUUUUCGGAGUGAAGGAGGAGGGGGAGAUUACUGUCACAUUGGAGGAGGAGGAAGAAGAGCAGAACGGAUAUCUGAUUAACGCCAAAGAUAGACCAGACUCUCACUUCGACAGCGGGAAGAGUCGUUCAAGGGAAUCAGACCCAGAGACGGCAAAACAAUUAAGACCACACCACUGUUCCCAGUAUGGAAAGAGAUUUACCCGGUUAGGGCACCUGAAAGAACAUGAGAGGACACACACAGGAGAGAAGCCUUGCAACUGCUCUCAGUGUGGAAAGGAUUUUACCCAGUUAGGGAACAAGAAAGAUCAUGAAAGAACACAUUCAGCGGAGAAGCCUUUUCAAUGCUCCCAGUGUGGAAAGAGAUUUACUGAGUUAGACAGUCUGAAAAAACAUGAGAGGAUACACACAAGAGAAAAGCCCUACCUAUGCUCCCAGUGUGGCAAGAGUUUUACCCAGGUUGGGAGCAUGAAACGACAUGAGAGAGCACACACAGGAGAGAAGCCUUACAACUGAGAAUGUGUUUUUGUUCAUGUCACAUUGUACAGAAUGUAACAAAUUGAAUAUGGAAUAUGUUUGUUUAAAGUUACAAUGUGUAUCUUUUUGGGCGACCCCACCAAAUUCACAUAGAAAUAUUAGCUAAAGAUCUUACAUUCUCGUCAAAAGCAAGUUGAAAAAGCGGUAUAUUUGUUCUAUGUGUGCUAUUUCUUUGCUUCCUGUUCUGAAGUUUAGUUUUUCUUUUACUUUCGGUUUUGUACACCAGUUUCAAACAGCUGAAAAUAAAUAUAUUUUCCAUAACCAAAAAUAUUGUAACAGCGGUUUUGAUGGUACAAUGAUUCUCGACAUCAGGGGUAGUCAACUACUAUUUGAGAAGGUCCAGUGACACAAAUUUCCUCGGUGGCAAAGGUCCGGAUGGAUAUCGUCCUUUAUUGGGCGCUGUGGUACAGCAUAGUAACAAACAUAUUCGUCUACGACUUAGGAAACAUGUUGUUAAAUAAAAUGUCCAUUAAAUGAGACUAAGAACAUGAA